AAUGGGGCGCAUCUUCCUGGAUCACAUUGGUGGAAGUCGCCUUUUUUCUUGCGCAAACUGUGACACCAUCCUUACCAAUCGAGCUGAGCUCAUCUCCACACGUUUCACUGGAGCCACCGGCAGAGCUUUCCUCUUCAACAAGGUUGUGAAUCUGCAGCACAGUGAGGUGCAGGACAGAGUCAUGCUAACAGGAAGACACAUGGUGCGAGAUGUCAGCUGCAAGAACUGCAACAGCAAGCUUGGCUGGAUGUACGAGUUUGCCACAGAGGAAAGUCAGCGUUACAAGGAGGGACGUGUCAUCCUGGAGAGGGCGCUAGUGAGAGAGAGCGAAGGGUUCGAGCAUGUGCCUUCCGACAGUUCCUGAGCUCACUUGUGUUUCUGUCACGAUGCAUCAAGUCAUGCAUUCAGCAGCUUUCCCUUCCAACAGCAAUGGUUACACUUGCAUGGACAAUGUUCCUUUUUGUAAGUAGAGCUAAACCAGAACAAAAUCACGGGCUGGGUGUCUGUGGGAGGUUCAAACGAGAAUGAAUACAAGGGUGAAUACUACUGCUUUUUUACCCAUUUACAAUCACCUGCAGUUUCAGUAUGUGCCCAACAGACGGCAGGGUUGUACAGGUGUGCUGUGAUGCUGUUCUCAGAUACGAGUUUCCUCAGAUACGAGUUUCCUCAGAGCUUCUUGAGAAGCUGAGACAGGUGUGUGAAGUUCCAAACAUAUGACUAGAGCAGUCGAAGCUGUUUAUCCUGUCUGAUUUGCUGCAGUUACAUAUGUUUGCUUAAAGAGUGAGUAAUUAAGCAACAUGCUACAAAACAUCCUUCUUUAGCAACUUGUUAGUAAGAUGUCUUUCUGGUUAUUGUCUGAUGAAUGACCAUGACAUUAUUAUUCUUUGAUAGUCGUGCCAAAUGUUCCCUAUGGCAGAAUUAUAAAACAGACUUUAAGAAUGAAAAAAGACUACAACAACAACAAAAAAAACCCACUUCGGUAUCAGUUAAUAUUGUUGUGCAGUGAUCAGAGGCCUUUCAAAAGUAUUUUUACUUGAAGGAAAUGGCAGUAAAAUUGAAUCAGAUCAUUUUUAC